GCAGCAGCAACAACUAUGCCAUUACUGCUGGCAACAACACUUGGCAACAAUUCCCAUCAUCAACACUUGAGCGCAGCAGCAGAAGCAGCAACAGCAACCGCAGCAACAACCAUGUUGCUGACGUCGCCAACAGCAGCAACUCAUUGCCUUGCAGCAACAGCCACAGCAACAACAACAACAACAACAGCAGCAGGUGUUAAUGUUCAAAUUACUGGCAAAGGCGUUGCAAGCACUCUAGUCAACGAUCAACUGCAACUCCCAGCAAUUGCAGCAGCAGCAGCAGCGGCAACAUCAUCUGCUAAUUAUGCCGCUAACGUUGGCCAUUUGAAUGGCUUUAACCCUAAAGACAACUGCCCACCAGUUCCACCCACCAGCGCAGCGAAGGAGGCUUUUGAGGGAUUACUGCGCCUGCCGCAGAUCCAAGUCAAGCAGGAGUUCAUGGAGGCUCUGCCUCAGGAAAGGGAGCGACUGAGAGUGAAUUGCCAUCCUGCCAUGAACCAUCAGCAAAUGGCAGCAGUGACACCGGCAACGUCAGGGCUGGCUGCUGCUACAAGCUGUCGUGGCAACAAAACAAUAUUAAAUCCCUGGUAUCUAAGGCCCGCCGAAGGCAUUGGAUAUCAUAAUUAUAAUAGUUCCGUGGACAGCGGCAUCAACAAGGAUGUCGUCGCCGUUCCGCAGAUGAUGACUUCCGCCUGUAGCCGCCUGCUGCCGCCGGAGGAUGGUCAGCAGCAGACAUGUCUGCCGGUCUCAUAUUUUGGCAUGGAAACGCUGGCUUCAACGGUCAAGCAGCGCCAGAAAUCCCUGCCAGACUUUCUAAUACCGCUGCACGAAAUUAUGUUCCAACAACAUCAUUACCAGCAAAGGACAAUGGGCACAUUAAUUAAUAGUCUGCCGCCGAGCUUGGUCGCCGGCGUCUAUCCCCCCAAAACGGAGACGUUCAAGUCGUUAACCCCACCGAAACCACAGCAGCAACAUCACCACCAUCAUCAUCCCAAUGGGGACCACUUGUUCGUGAGGCAUUUUCACGAACGGGAUCGCCUCAUUCGGGAGCAUCAGCUCAAGCAGCAGCAGUUGCGUGACGAGGAGGAAAUCCUCCAGGAGCAAGAGCAGGAGCUGGAGCUGGAGCCGGAGCAGGAGCAGCCCCAGGAAGCUGCCAGCCAGCUGGAACAUAACCAUCAUUGGCAUGAGGUCGUUUGUGAUGGCAAUGGCCUGGCCAGGAAGCUGGUUUCACCCACGACAGCAGUGGCAGUGCAACCCCCCGUCCAACCCAAGGAGGAGGUCCUGCUGCCUUCUAACUCGGCGGCUCCACCCAAGGACCUCGACAUUUACGAGCAGCCAACACCAAACGGUCGACUUUGUCGUCCUGUCAACAAAGUUAUGCGGCACAUGUCCAACUCACCCACACCGCCCUCGCCGCUGCGCUCGCUAUCAGACUGCGGCAAGAGCUUCGAGGAGGAGGAACUAGAGCUGGGAGAGAAAUGCGGGGAGAUGCCACAGAAUCUAAGCAGCAAGCGCCAGGCCCGGGAUCUGGAUCCGGAGCUGGAGAACGAGGUGCUGGACCUGGCUCCUCCGCCAAAGAGAUUAGCUGAAAUCAAGCAGGAGACGGAGAGGGAGGAGGAGCUGGAGGCCAGUGUGGUGCCACCACAACCCAUGAAUUUUGCGCCAGAGGAAAUGCAUCAAGCGCUGCAGCUCCAGUUGCAUAGCUACAUCGAAAUGGUCCGCCAACUGGCUCCGGAUGCUUUUCCCAAUCCAAAUCUGGCCUCGCAGUUCCUGCUACAAAAUUCUCUGCAGGCCCUGGCCCAGUUUCAGGCUCUGCAGCAGAUGAAGCAGCAGCAGAGGGAGGAUCAACCGCCCAGCUACUCCACGCCGCUGGCGAAGUCACCCCUGAGAAGCCCCUCCUUGAGUCCGGUGCCCAGGCACAGCAGCAAGUCCCAGCAGCGCACGCCUCCCAACUCGAUGACUGCCAAUUCUCUGGGACUUAGCAGUGCCGUGAUGACUCCAAAUACACCCAGCAUGCAGCAGCACCAGCACCACCAGCAGAGCACUCCCAAGCCCCAGAGCGGUCUGACUGUGGCCUCGGCCAUGGCCAAGCUGGAGCAGUCGCCGGAGGAGACCACGGACCUUGAGGAACUCGAGCAGUUUGCCAAGACCUUCAAGCAGCGCAGGAUCAAGCUGGGCUUCACCCAGGGUGACGUGGGUCUGGCCAUGGGUAAACUCUAUGGCAAUGACUUCUCGCAGACCACCAUUUCCCGCUUCGAGGCGCUCAAUCUGAGCUUCAAAAACAUGUGCAAGCUGAAGCCGCUGCUCCAAAAGUGGCUGGAGGACGCCGACUCUAGUGUGGCCAAGUCGGGUGGCGGCGUUUUCAACAUCAACACCAUGACCAGCAGUUUGACCACCACCCCAGAGAGCAUCCUGGGGCGCCGGCGCAAGAAACGCACUUCCAUUGAGACCACGGUGCGCACCACAUUGGAAAAGGCCUUCCUGAUGAACUGCAAGCCCACCUCGGAGGAGAUUAACCAGCUGUCGGAGCGCCUGCAUAUGGACAAGGAGGUGGUGCGAGUGUGGUUCUGCAAUCGUCGCCAGAAGGAGAAGCGCAUCAAUCCCUCCCUUGAUCUUGAUAGCCCCACGGGAACUCCACUGAGCAGUCAUGCCUUUGGCUAUCCACCUCAGGCCCUGAACAUGUCCCACAUGCAAAUGGAUGCCGGUUCCGGUUCCCUCUGCGGCAGCUCCAUCAGUUCCGGCGAAUAGGAAGAUCUGGCGUGCCUCUGAAGACCCUGUAUAUAGUCAGCUUUUACUCCAAAUUCUUCCACAACAUUCCAACACACACACACACACACACUCCAUAUCAAAUGCAACAAUGCCAUGGAUGUAUUUAGGAAACUAGGUGAUAGCCAGUCGUAUCAGAAGAGAUCCAUAACGAAUUUAUGAGUACUUAUAGCUCCACAUUACCUAUUCGUAUCUGUAUGCAUGUAGAAGAGUUUCUAGUUCUAACAACCCCCCCAAUGCCAUAAAUAUAUGUAUGUAUGUAUCUGUUGUGUCCUAUAUCCUAUAGCCACACGUCAUCGAUUGACCCCUAGAGCUCUAUUUAAUGUGUAUUGAUUUAGAUGUGUAUGUAUGUAUACCGAUGUUGUUGUACGAUGUCCAAUUGUAAAUUGAUCUUGAACACUUGAACUUAGACCUAAACAUCCAAAAAUUUCAAUAAAAUUAUUCCGAUAAAAUUAUUUAUAAAAAAAAU